AUGGACCAGCAAAGCGUUGUCAUCUCCGAGAAAGCGGAACAAGCCCACCGCCCGGGGAACAAUGGAGCUGGACCGAGCAGCCAGAGAUUCGCGGAACAUCCAUCGGAUACAUUGGCGCGUCCGCGUGAGCCACCGCCGUACUCGGGCCCUUCGAACAGUGCUGCAGAUCCUCGGCGGCCAACAGUAACGAAAGGACCUCAGCACUAUCCGGGGCUUCCGAUCUUAGAUUACCGGCAAUACUCACCUGAAAUGUUCGAGCUGUCUACCGACAGCACCACCAUCACUAGCAAGGCAUCCUAUCUGUCCGAAAACGCCAAGGCCUUAUCAUCCCUGGUCAGAACGCUAGCUACAGUACCUCCCAAACCCCAGAUUCACAUCCGUGGCUCUCGAGGGAGAAGAGUCGAUUUUCACGUACGACUUAAUCUCAUGAACCUCCUUGUCCCUGAUGAUCCUCGCCAUCGCAUGGACUAUCUUCGCUGCGUGGCCAAAGACGAGAUGGCUUACCGUGGAGGUAAUGAACCGUCCUUGAAACCGGAAAUCGGCGCUGGGGAGGAGGAGGGUCUUGAGGCCUGGUGUCAACGAUUUGUUAAAGACCAAUCAUCUGUCAAGAUAUUUACUCUUGAACGAGUGGUGGCAAAUCUCGACCACAACUGGCUUGAGGGUCAGGUUCGCAGCUUAAUAGCUUCCGUCAAUUACAAAGGAAACGUCACGGUCCAAUUUCCUGUGACACACGCUCGAGCGAUUGUCCAAAACCCUGAUAAAGUUAACAAAUUCUUUACGAGCGUCACGACACUCUUCUCCGGCAAAGCUAAAUAUGAGGUAGUGAAAGCAGUAUGGCCAUUCGCGAAUGCAAGGAAUGGCGAGCACGGACGAAAAUGCAUUGUCCAGAGUGAGAAGGUCUGGUGGGAUGAGUGGAGGGACCCAAUCAAGUACGCCAUCAUUCAAAAACGCCAAGGUUGGGUAACAAAUGAGGAUAAACUGGAGUGUAUAAUGGAAAGUAAAGGGAAGAACGCAUCAUUGGUGGAUUGGGGCCCAGAUGAGGAGUACUAA